AUGGGCACUGCCCACAGGGGUGCUGCGGUGGCCAGGACCUUUGGUGGGCUCCCAUGCAAGACGCCCCGGGGGAGUGGAGCUGCCUCGCAGCUGCUGCGGCGAUCAGAUGCAGACGCACUGUCCCCGUUCCACUUUCGAGAGGCAAGGGCCGACCUGAAAGUCACUGGGAUCGACUUUCUCAAGAGCCAGAACUCCUGCCAGCACCACACGGACGCGUACAACACCAAGAGCCUGGUGGUGCGGCGCGGGCAGGCCUUCCGGCUGCAGCUCAGCUUCAGCAGGGAGCUGAAGGCUGCCGACAAGCUGGUGCUGCGUUUCGGCAUCGGCAAAAAGCCAAUGAAAACUGCGGGGACACUGCUGUCGCUGAAGCCAUUUUCCCUGAAGCAGAAGCAGGACUCCAGCGGGUGGCAAAUCUCCAUCGUCAAGAGCAGCGGCAAGGAGUGCCUGCUGUCUGUCACCAGCUCGCCCAUGGCCCUGGUAGGAAAAUACACCGUGAACGUGAAGACUGGGACUAACAUUUACAAGCCCGAAAACAAUGCUGUCUACCUUCUGUUCAAUCCUUGGUGUGAAGGUGAUGUCGUCUUCCUGGCUGAUGAAGCGCAGAGAAAGGAGUAUGUGCUCAACGAUACAGGCUACAUCUAUGUUGGGUCUGCAUACAACAUAUACGGUAGACCCUGGAAUUUCGGGCAGUUUGAGGAAUUCAUCUUGGACGCCUGCAUGUAUCUGCUGGACAACAGCAAACUCAAGCUGAGCAAUAGAAGGGACCCUGUGUUUGUGUCCAGAGCCAUGUCUGCUUUGGUUAAUGCCAACGAUGACAACGGUGUCCUGAUGGGGAACUGGUCAGGGAAUUACAGCAACGGGACCUCCCCUAUGGAUUGGAUUGGGAGCGUCUCAAUUUUGCAGAAGUAUUACAAAACGAAGAUGCCGGUGUGUUACGGUCAAUGUUGGGUCUUCUCAGGAGUCCUCACUACAGUCAUGCGCUGCUUGGGGAUCCCGUCCCGCUGCGUGAGUAAUUUCAGCUCAGCACACGAUACGGAGGAGAACCUGACAGUUGAUAUUUACCUGAACGAAUCUGGAGAAAAGCUGAACUCGAUGUCCCUCGACUCCGUCUGGAACUUCCACGUGUGGAAUGACGUCUGGAUGAAGCGGACAGACCUGCCGGCAGGGUUUGAUGGCUGGCAGGCAAUCGAUUCAACCCCUCAGGAGCAAAGUCAAGGUAUUUUCCAGUGUGGUCCAUGCCCGCUGAAGGCUAUCCGAGAAGGGGAUGUGUAUUUGCCCUUUGACAGCAAGUUUGUGUACGCGGAAGUGAAUGCUGACAAAGUCUACUGGGUCGUCAGGAAGGUGAACGGCAAGGACAAGUACACCAGGAUUAGCACGGAGACCCAAGGCAUCGGCUUGAACAUAAGCACAAAAGCUGUGGGGCAGGACAAGCGGGAAGACAUCACCGCGCAGUACAAGUUCCCCGAAGGCUCCAAAGAGGAAAGGAGGGCCAUGCAGAGAGCUUCCUCCUUCAUACGCCCACCAGGAAUGGCACCUCGUGCAUUCUUCGCUGCGACUGUGCCCAUGGAUGACGUGGACUCCAAGCCUGAGGUCCUGUGUGAGGCAAUCUCCAAGACGGGGCUCCAGCUUGAGAUAACCAAUAAGGAAGCUUUGCAUCCUGGCAAGCCCCUUGAACUAGUCAUCACAGUGAAGACCUCUGCUCCUGGGAGCUGGAUCGUCAAUCUUGCUGGCUCCUGCCAACUGCAGUCCUAUACUGGGAAAGCUGAGGCCAGCCUUGGAUGUGUCAAGGAGACCGUCAAGCUUGAAGGCAAAUCUGAGAUGCAGGUCCCUCUGAAAAUCGCAGCCGACGUGUACAUGAAGAUGCUGGCCUCGCUGCAAGACGAAAUGCUCAUCCACAUCACGGCCAUGGCCGAGGUCCAGGGAACGGACGAGAAGCUCACCAAGGAGAUGACGAUGAGCUUUGAGUACCCCCCCAUCACUGUCCAGAUGCCAGAAACAGCCAAACUGAACAAGGAGUUUGCCUGUGCCUUCAUCUUCAAGAAUACGCUGAACAUGCCCCUGGACAACUGCAAGCUGCUGGUGGAGGGCCUGGGCAUAUUUAAGAUGGCAACAUUUGAUGAGGGGGAUGUACAGCCUGGUAGGAUCAUUAAGUCCGAAAUAAUAUGCACUCCGACGAGACUAGGAGAGAAGAAAAUGGUAGCCAAGCUGACCUCGACCCAGAUCAAAGGGAUCUCUGUGGAGAAGACCAUCACCAUCACCGAGUAG